CUAGACAAGAAGACAAAACACAAACAGAGAGAGAGAGAGAAAGAGACGGCUUUCUCCGAUAUUUCUCUUCUUCUGCGCAGACUUUGAGUUGAUUCUUCAAUUUGCAGCAUUUGCUCUCGGGGUCUCAAACCCUAAUCCAUUCCUCCGACAAUUCUCACCCACCCUUUUCACCAAUUUACAAACCCAGUUUCACCCCUCUGUCUAUAUAUCUAUGUAUUGAUUUUGCAAUUCCUUUCGAGGGUUUGUUCGUUCGUUGCAAAUCUUGGGUUUUGGUUAUGGACGGAAACAAGAACGAGGCAUUGAAAUGCCUGAACAUCGCCCGCGGCGCGAUCGGAUCCGGCGACCGAACCGGCGCCCUGAAAUUCAUCGCCAAAGCCCUGCGACUCGACCCCUCCCUCUCCGCCUCCGAUCUCCUCCCCAUUCUCGACCCCCAGCCAGAACCCACCACCGAAUCGCCACCGCCACCUUCGGCUCGGCCUAGGGUCAGGGUUUCGGAAUCUAGCAAUGAGGAGAGUAGGUGAAGAAGUUUUCGAAGGCGGGCCGCUGCGCCGAGGCACGGUGGGGGGCAAGGGUUUUUUGAUGGGGACGUUGAUGCUGAGGAGAUAUUCAGGAACUUCUUUGAUGGAGGUAUGAAUCCAGCUGGUAGAAAAAGGCGGGCCGCUGCGCCGAGGCGCGGUGGGGGGCAAGGGUUUUUUGAUGGGGACUUUGAUGCUGAGGAGAUAUUCAGGAACUUCUUUGAUGGAGGUAUGAAUCCCGUUGGUAGAAAUACACAGUUUGGUAGUUUUAGCUUUGGACCUGGUAUGGGUGAGAGAAUGGGGAAUAAUAAUAGAAACAAUAAUAAUAAUAAUGGGAAUAAUGGGUCUGUUGGACUUGCUAAGGCUUUGAUUCAAUUGCUGCCUGUGCUUCUGAUUCUGAUUCUGGUGUUUAGCUUUAUGCCUUUGAACGAUCCGGUUUAUUCGAUUUCGCUUCAGUAUCCUUAUCAGUACAGGUUUACGACGCAAAAGGGUGUUAAUUAUUUUGUGAAGUCAGGGGGGUUUGAGCAGCGUUACCCUCCUAAUAGCCCUGAGAGGGUGAGGCUUGAAGAGCAAGUGGAAAGAGAUUAUGUUUCGAUUCUUGCCCAUAAAUGCUGGCUUGAGUUGCAGCAUUUCCAUUGGGGAUAUACACGAGAAACACCGCAUUGCGACUCAUUGAAGCAGUUUGAGGCUGCGGCAGGAUGACUUGAUUCGAGGUCUGAAUUGGCUUCUUAUGCUUUGCUUGUUAGUUUGACAUGGAUUUCUGAGGGUUCUAAGGUGCAGCUUUGAUUUGUACUGUGGAUUGUUUGUAAUUGUUUCCUCUUUGGAUAAAACUGGAAUCUUGCAGAUGGAGCAUAUAGGUUUUGUUCGAAAUUAAUUGGACUUACGGUCUACAUAUGUGUAUCUAUUCAUGCUAGUAACGAAUAAAUACGUGCCAUGGAGUUCAUCAAA